CCCCCAGCCGCCUGAGCGUCUCUCCCUCCUCUGUCUUCUCUUUGCCUCUGCUCCUCAGCACCAGGAUGUGGCUCUCGGUGGCUCUGCUCCUCUCUGGAUUCUCAGCUUUGAUCCACGUGUCAGUGCAGGGUCCUCACCAGAGGACGUUGCUGAAGAAUCUGCUGAAAGACUACAACCGGAUGGAGCGGCCGGUGGGAAACGACUCCCACUCUCUCACUGUUUACUUCUCCCUCAGUUUGAUACAGAUCAUGGACGUGGACGAGAAGAACCAAGUCUUGACCACAAAUAUAUGGCUACAGAUGAAUUGGUUCGACCACUACCUCCAGUGGAACGAGAGUGAACAUCCCGGGGUUAAAAACCUCCGCUUCACCACAGAUCAGGUGUGGACGCCGGACAUCCUGCUCUACAACAGUGCAGAUGAUGACUUUGACUCCACCUUUAAGACCAACGUUCUGGUGAACUCCAGUGGUUAUGCUAAAUAUCUGCCUCCAGGAGGACCACAUCCAGUGUUCUCCUAG